AAAAAACCCUAGCUAACAAUCAGAUUCCGUGCGUUCUCUCCGCACGUUUGUUUGGUUUCGCGACUUGUAAGCACUAAGCAGUGAAGUGUUGUUGAAUCCAAGCUCCAACCAUGGCGGCAAGCAAUCGCACAGUGUUGCAGUUCUCCUCCUCAUCUUCGUCUUCUCAGAGCUUGUCCGCAAAGGUUCAUCCUCUUGUCAUCUUCAACAUCUGCGACUGCUACGUUCGUCGCCCCGAUCAAGCCGAACGCGUCAUUGGAACGCUUCUAGGAUCCGUUCUCCCCGAUGGAACCGUCGAUAUCCGUAAUUCGUAUGCCGUUCCUCACAACGAGUCCGUAGAUCAGGUUGCUUUGGACAUAGAGUACCACCACAAUAUGUUACUGUCCCACCAAAAAGUGAACCAAAAGGAAGUCAUUGUUGGAUGGUAUUCAACCGGACUUGGAGUAACUGGUGGAAGUGCAUUGAUCCAUGAAUUUUACUCUCGAGAAGUACCCAAUCCCAUACAUUUGACUGUUGAUACAGGAUUCACAACUGGAGGGAGUAUCAUAAAAGCUUAUGUGUCAAACAAUUUAUCUCUUGGAGACAGGCAAAUUGCUGCACAGUUUCAAGAAAUUCCAUUGGAUCUUCGAAUGGUUGAAGCUGAGCGAGUUGGAUAUGAUACCCUAAAGGCAACCACUGUUGACAAAAUUCCCUCUGAUUUAGAAGGCAUGGAAGCAUCAAUGGAACAUCUGCUAGCUUUGAUUGAUGACAUCUACAAAUAUGUUGAUGAUGUUGUGGAAGGGAGAGUUGCACCAGACAACAAAAUAGGAAAAUUCAUAUCAGAUGCAGUGGGUUCCCUCCCCAAAUUGCCCCCAUCAGAUUUUGAUAAGCUUGUGAAUGACAGCUUGCAGGAUCACUUGCUCAUGCUAUAUUUAUCUAGCAUCACAAGAACUCAACUUAGCUUGGCUGAAAAAUUGAACACGGCUGCUCAGAUUUUGUAAUUUUGACUGGCUUUGAGCGAAGGCAAUUUUUUUCCUGAUAAAGGUUUCCUUUUUCAUAAAGGUUUCCUUGUCAUAUUUUCAGAAAUUGUAAAAUCAGCAUUUUAUACUUAACAUUUGCUUUAUUUUAUUGUAUUGUAUUUUGUGCAUGAUAAUGCAUAUGUGGUUUUCUUUUAUAUCUCGUACAAGGUUGCAGUGGAGUAGCAUUCACUUGUGUAACUUACUAUAUUUGAAAGAGAAUUUAUUCUAUUUUGUAUUA